AAUUUCUUUAUCUGGAAUUUAGAGAAAAAAAUGUGCGAUACGCAAGGCCUACGGAACGUUAUUUACGUCACUGGAGGUAGGUAACCAAGAGUUAUAUUGUUGUUUUCCCUUUUUGAAAGGAAUAAUUAAAUGAAUGUUAGAUGUGCGAGAAUGUUUCACCAAAAGUGUCGGCAGGGUUUAUAUCCGUCCAGUAGCGUAAAGAGAUUUGUAGUAUCGGAGGAAAAAGUACCAUGGACCAUCGAUUAUCCCGAAUACAAACCAGUCGCAUACACCGCUACUGUUGUUAAAGGUAAACCCUGGGCCGAUCCAGAAAUCAACGAACCCACCUUUAAACCAAAAUGGAAUGCGGUGGAUGAUAAAGUGAAUCGAAAGAGUUUUACGGGUGACUAUGUCGUGAACGAGGAUGGCUAUCCCUUAAACCCUGUAGGACGAACCGGUAUCGUUGGACGAGGACUUCUCGGUCGAUGGGGACCAAAUCACGCUGCCGAUCCUAUCGUUACACGAUGGAAACGCAAUACUAUGGGAUCUGUGGAAGUGGACAAGCACACGGAAAAACCUGUAUUACAGUUUGUUGCGAUACAAAGGCGGGAUUCCGGAGAAUGGGCCAUACCAGGAGGUAUGGUUGAUGCGAACGAGACGGUUUCUACCACUUUAAUGAGAGAAUUUAUGGAGGAAGCACUGAACUUUUUGGAAAUGGAUGAUGCUGAAAGGAAGAGCCUCCAAAAUUCUAUAAAGGAGUUUUUUACGAAAGGCAAUGAAAUUUACAAGGGAUAUGUGGAUGAUCCACGAAAUACAGAUCAUGCUUGGAUAGAGACAGUGGCUAUAAAUUUUCACGAUGAAGAUAAUAAUGUUGUUGGAAAACUUGCACUGAAAGCUGGAGACGAUGCACGCAACGUAAGGUGGAUGGACAUAAAUAAAGACAUAAAUUUAUAUGCCAAUCACAGUGAAUUCGUUAAAAAAACUGUACUGCAACGCAAUGCACACUGGUGAAGGAUAGUUUACAAUCACAAUUACAGAGCGAUUUCGUCUGGGAGAAGGAUAAUUAUUAAAAAUACUGUAUAAUUAAAAAAAAUAUUUUUGUAUUAUAUUGUAUACUAUAUAUACUUUCGGCACUGCGCAGAGCACAAACAUAAAUUGAUAAAAUCAUCAUUACUUUCGUUUCUGUCAAACUAUGCUACAAAAUCUUAAGCCUAAUACAUAUUUUCAGAUGUAAAAUGAGAUUUUCCAAUGUAAGAAUCGACGAAACACAUAUAUCUAACAAAAAUAUCGAUUA